CCUCCAUAAAAGAAGGGGGGGGGGGGGAAGCUUUGGAAGAAUAGGCUUUCCUCCAAUAGAUUAUUUUACAAAUUACAACCAAUUAUAUGCUUAACCCACGAUAAUCAACGUGAUUAAAUCACGUGAUGGAAGCAUGUGAUGGCAUGUGGAUAAUAGAAUUAUCGUAAGGGUCUUUAAUUACAUUAACCAAAUUACCUUAAUCACCGCCGCCCAAAAGUUGCCAUUAUCCUUCUCCUUUGCCAGUGCUGCAAUUUGCUUUGAUCAAAAGAAGAAGACGGCCGCCGCCCAUUGGCUACAAUGUAAAGGACAAACUCACUAAAAGGUUAAGCAAAAGAGAACCGGAUAACUUGUUCUCAUCAAUUUUCAAAUAACCCCUUCCAAUUUGCCAACUCAAUUUUACUCAUCAAACAAACCAUUUUUAAAAUCAUUUCGAUCUACACUAUAAAAACCUCCCCUUUUUUUCCUCAUCUGAUCCAUCCACACCCACCUCUGUUUUCCCAAUGGAGUGGAUGAGAGGCCGGACCAUCGGCCGUGGCUCCUCCGCUGCGGUCUCCGUCGCUACCGAUCUUCGGUCUGGUCAAAGGCUGGCGGUUAAGUCAGUUGAGUUCACUCACCUGGAUUUUCUCAAGAGGGAACAGAGGAUUCUUUCUCAAUUGAAUUGUUCAAAUGUUAUAGGUUAUAAGGGAUUUGAUGUUACGUUGGAAGAUGGGAAUUUGAUGUGUAAUCUUUUGAUGGAGUUUGCGUCUGGUGGGUCGAUUUUGGAUGCGAUGGAGGAGGCGGGUGGCCGAUUAGAUGAAGCGACGGCCCAAUUGUAUACUCGAGAGAUUUUAAGUGGGCUCGAGUAUGUUCAUUCUAAUGGUGUGGUACAUUGUGAUAUUAAGUGUUGUAAUAUUUUGGUUGGUGAAGAUGGGAUCAAGAUUGCGGAUUUUGGUUGCGCACGGCGGGUGGAGGAGGUUUCCGGUGGAAAUUGGGCUGGAACGCCGAUAUUCAUGGCGCCGGAGGUGGCGCGUGGGAAAAAACAGGGGUUUGCAGCUGAUGUUUGGGGAGUGGGCUGUGCAGUGAUUCAGAUGGUGACAGGCCGACCUCCAUGGGCGAAUGUGUCGGAUCCGGUGGCCGCCAUUUAUAGAAUUGGGGCCGGAGAUGAAUUGCCGGAGAUUCCAAGGUUCAUGUCAGAACAGGGCAAGGACUUUUUGCGGCGGUGUUUGAUCAGAGACCCAGAAAAACGGUGGUCAGUGAAUGAGCUUUUGAAACACCCUUUUGUUUACGAGCAGAAAUCUCAUCCUAAACAGAAUUCAAGAACACCAAGGAGUAUUUUGGAACAAGGAUUAUGGGACACGAUGAACGAUUCGGAAACGAUUCGAAGUCCGGUUCAAAGUCCGAUCAGACGAAAAAUUCACAGAACACCAUCGCAGAGGAUAAGUAUUUUGGAACAAGGAUUAUGGGACACGAUGAACGAUUCGGAAACGGUUCAAAGUCCAAUCAGACCAAAAAUUCACAGAACACCAUUGCAGAGGAUACAGCAACUGAGCGAAAUUUCCACAAUUCAGUCUUCUGGAACACCCAAUUGGGAGUGCGAUGAAGAUUGGGUGACAGUGAGAAGCAUUGGCUUGGAAGAGGAAGACAGAGAAGAAAACAAUUUCGUUUCUGUAUUGGAAAUGCCCUGUUCCUCUCAAUCCAUCGAAAGGGCAAUUAACAAUGGAGCUGUUGAUCAGGAUUAUAUUAAUGUUAGUGAUAGUAAAAUUAGUGAUUAUUGUAGCAGAAAAAUCAGUAAGGUUAAGAACAGAGACUUGCCUGCUAUGUCCUCUGUUUGCAACCAAAUUGUAUCAUUGAAGACUACUCUUUCUAAUAAUCAUAAAUUAUGCAUUAUCAUUUCUUUGUUUCUUGUCUUUCCACCCAGGGGUUCAUUAGAUCUUACAUUUUUAAGAUAUAAUGAAGAUAUUUUGAUUUAUCACGAAAAUAUGAACUUAUGGAUCGAUCUCUGUUUACUUGAGUUGAGUAUCUUGUUUGAAGACUGAAGCUUGCCUUAGAAA